GAAUUGCAACACGGAUUUAACUUCAACAAGACCUUUAACGUCUAUUAAUGAAAGCAACGUUUUUUUCCACAAAUAGAACUGAUUGCGUCCUUAUAUCUUCCACACCGAAUUACACUCCAUGUCCUUUUUUUUCUGCGAAAUGGCACAAAUUAAAUGAGUACGCUAACUAAUAUUAGUUUAACUUGAUGCCGAAGAACUGCAAUAUCAUGAACAUUUCGGUAAUUAAAGACGGCAAAUUGUUUUGAUUUCUUUUUCGCUAUAUUAAGCAAUAGGACAUCGCUGUUUAUACGGUUAUUUUAUCAUUGUGAACCAUACACUCUGUUUUAGGUUUUUCUUUUCUUUUUUUUAACUUGUAUGCUAUUUGUAGUAUUAAAAACACGGCACCGUAUCUACGACUAAGUAAUAGACGCGAACCCUACACGUUCCUUGCUCGUAUUUGGAUGCGAACUCAUCAAACUUCUGAAAUAGGUUCUGCACAGAGGGAAUUUCUGUGAAGCCCCUCCCCCCUCUCUCUCCUGAUUGGCUGCUGUACAAUGAACUCUGGCGCCGCCCAGGAUGUGGCGGUGGAGCGCUUCCUGCAGGACAUCGAGAGGCGGGGCAGUCAGCUGCACUGUGCUGUGAUUGGAAAGGACCGGCCGACCACCCACACUGACAUGAACCUGCUGUAUCGCAAGAGCCGGCUGGACUGGAGGAACCGCGACACUGACAGCAACAAGAAAAGCUCAGGCAGUAAGGAGCCCCAGUGCACUGUGGGUAAAGUCCGUGACCUGGCCACCCUGCGACGUCACUUCCGGAUGGGCUUCAUGACCAUGCCCGUCUCUCAGGACUUAUCGCCAUGCCCAUCCGCCAUGGCACCGCGCUCGCAGUCCUGCCACUCCGUGGGCUCUGAGGGGGCAGGUCUGGAGAACGGGGAGCACCCUCCCAAUUCUGCUACCCCUCCCACCGCUGGGCGCCGACCACCAGUCAAGCCCAAGCGCCACCCCAAUACCCGGCUCAGCUCCGCAGCUGACCCCCGCGGGAUCCCUCCAGACACGCCACCUCCGCUACCCCCCAGCCAGCCUCCAGCCAAGCAUUCCUACCUCAACAGGAAGAAUGUCAUGAGGAAGUCAGAAUCUGGGGACGUGUCCAACAGAAAGGUGCCUCCCGCCAAACCAAAACGCAGCCCCAACACCCAGCUCUCCUUUGAGCCCCCGCCAGCCCGGGUGCCCCCUCCAGCCACCCCUCUGCCUCCCCCAUCCCAGGAGACCCAGGUGCAGGAGAUGAGCAGUGAAGAGCCGGUCUACAUCGAAAUGAUGGGCAAUGCCCUCUCCCCCUGCACUGCCACCAUUAGCUCCACUCCGGACUCGGACUCGGAGCAGAGCGAGGCUAUCUAUGAGGAGAUGAAGUACCCCCUACCCGAGGAGGCAGAGACCCUUAGACAAGAUGGCCCACUUCCUCCUAGAUCUGAGAAACCCUCUCAUGCAUCAUCUUCUCGCUCCUCUGCUUCUUCGCUGUCUCACCCUGCCUCUUCUUCCUCCUUAUCCAAGCCCAAAACGCCCAUCUCCAUCUCCCACUCCUCCCCCCUCCCUGCCUCUUCUCCCUCCACCCCCGUCCCCCAAACCCAGAGGGCACCAACCCCCUACCUCCUCCCAGGGAGCAAACCCCAGGUGGAAACAAGCAACAAGAUCCCUGCUCCGUUUCCCAACCUGCUCCAGCAUGCCCCCCCCCUGCUGGCCUUCCCCCAGCCUGCCGCUGCCUCUAGCGGCGUGGGCAUCGCGGCCAAACUGGGCACAACAGUCACCCAGAGCUCUUCCAGUUUAGCUUCAACCGGAAGCACCUCCUCCAAGCUCCCUGUCCUGCAAACCGUCGCCAAAGACGCCCAUCAGGACAAGCAGCAAGCCGAAUCGACGGACUCCCGCCUGGGUCACUCAUACUCUGGUCACUCCCACCCUGUUCCCGGCCUGAGGGCCCGGAGCCACUCCACUCCCUUGCCUCCGUCCUCCCAGUCCUCCCACUAUGGUUACCACCAGCACCACCACUCCAACCAUCACCCCUCACACUACCACCAGUACCGCAAGGCAGACCGCGAGCUCACCACAUCCCAUAGCAUGAAGCUGAACUCAAAGACCCAAAGCACCAGUCACCUCCCCAAGUCAGAGAAAAGGGAAGCCAACCACCACAAAAGCACCACCAAUCCCACCCACACCACCUCCUCUUCCCGCUCCCUCCUCUUUCGCUCCCACACUCCUCACAGUUUGCCUGCCUACACUCCCCCCCCACCUGACAGCCCUCUACUGUGGACUUACCCCUCCACGGGCCUAAGAAGACCCCCAGCCUAUGACAGCCUGCGUGGUGGCCAGCUGUCCUCUGACCCAGCCACUCCCCAGCAGAGCAAAACUGGAGGUGGGGCCAAGCAAUCAGAUGCGGGGAGCCUUUUACGUGAAGGCAGUGUAGGCGGGACCACGGCAGAUGAGGGCCCCUAUUGGACAAUGCAGAGGAAGAUGUCCUUCAGUCAAAGCAGCAGAGAUGCAGAGAAGGAGGAAGGCAGUCGCAUUCGGAGCGAUAACAUGGACACGCUCCUGCGAGGAAACGAGGACGAGCAGACGCAGUCCACUUCCGGCGAGGGGGCACCGGCCUCAGGCCUCCGCGCUCCAAGUCGGACGGGGCUGCCCCUGCCCUGUCAGACAUUCCCGUCCUGCCACCGCAAUGGAGAGCUGGGGCGACUGGGCCGUUCAGCCUCCACGUCAGGGGUUAGGCAGAGCGGUACCAACAUGCAGCGGCAAUUCAGCCUGCCCAGAGACACGCCCAAGGACACGCCCAGAGACACGCCCCGAGAGUUGAGUCACUCCCACUCUCCAACCGCCCGCGCUCUGACCACAGCACACCAACAGCAGCAGCUGCAGCAGCAGGUUCAUCUCCACCUGCAGUAUCAGCACUUGGCCCAGCUUGCGCAGUGCCAGCCUCCUGCCAGCGGGGGCGCUACCUCUCAGGCCCAGAGCCAGAGAGACAGGAAGCUGCUUGAAGUGAUUGAACGGAAACGCUGCUUGUGUAAGGAGAUCAAGGCCCAUAGGCGUCCGGAGAGAAGCCUGUGCAAGCAGGACAGCAUGCCUAUUCUGCCCAGCUGGAGAAGGACCCCGGAGCCCAGCAAGACGGGCACCUCUUCAUGCCAAAGGCAGCAGGCUGUGGUGUGGGACACUGCAAUAUAAAGGGCUUAUGGGGAGUGGGUGGGAAGAGCCACAGGAAGAGGUCGAUGGUCACAUGGUCUUACAUGUGGCAGGGGUGUGGUUAUUCUUAAGGUGCGGCUCUCCUUGGGGGUGUGGUUAACUACUGGGGGUGUGACUAUUCAUUAGGGAUGUGAAUAUCUGAGAUGAUCAGGGGUUGUGGGCUGGACACAGUGUACAUCCACACACAAAUGUUCAUACUACCCAUUAACUGACAGAGGUGCGGGAAGGUACCUGGGAGGUGCCUUGGAAAGGCAAACAUUGAGAAGAAGAGAGAGAGAAGGAAGAGGUGGUGUACAAGACACGACUCGGAUGGUGGGUGGAAGAUGUAGAAGAUACAAGCAGUCAGGGAAGGUACCAGUCAGCAUCUGCUUGCUUUCUGCUCGAUCUCCAGCCCAACUUCGUAUGUUCCUAUAACUUGUAAACUUCUUCUUUCUUGGAGAUGAUGUUCCUUGACACGGUGGGCCCUAAAACUCAAAUAGAUCCUUCAGAAUGUUCUGCAGGACAAACAGGGCCCCUUAAAUUGCCCCCGGUGCCAAAUAUAGUCAUACACUGGACAGGUGGUACCCAACCCCCUUUCAUAAACACCAGAGUUCGUAUGUCAGUUUAUUCAGAUCCGAUACGUGGCUGACAGCUGAAAAUUACACCUUAGGUGCCGACUGUGCUUUGCUUUGUCCUGUGUUACUAAUUUUAUUUGUUUUCUUUGCACCCUCAGCUGAUGAUUGGUUUCUAUGGAAAGGAUGGUGGUUUGUCAUAUAAUAGAAAGGUGUAUUUUGUGGAGCAUGACAAGGUGAGGAGAGGGAGCUAAAAGGAGCAUGAUGGAUGCCAAAGAUAUGGGGCUGUGCACCUGUCGUGAAACAUGGAAGUUUUCCAGCCAGCCGGCACAAAGGGAGCUUCCACCUACAGGGUCACGCCGCAGAGACAAAGGAAAUGCAUGAACAGUACACCACUUAGCACGUAAUCGCCGUUAUCAUCAAGAGUGCAGCCCCGCGUGGGUGUAUAGAUCCAAACGAUACCGUCAUACGAAGCACAAAACGUGUGGCGCGGAGCUGCGAAUGCGUCUCGCGCCAAGAGACGUGCCUUAAGCGACAAAGACCUAGAACAUACAACUUAAAUGCAAGGAAGAAUGAGAACGUCUCUACGAUUCUAUUGACCAAAUGCCCUCGCCGAGAACAUGGCGAAGGCUGCGGCCGAGGUCACUUUGAGUUGAAGGAAUGAGGUCUUCCAGGUGUUCUGUGUCAGGGUUUCAGCUCACAUGUUUUAAUUUGAAAACCCAACUCUAUGGGAUACAUGUCCCUGGAUCCAUAUUUAGAUGUAGGUUUCUUAUCUGUCGCAUUCAAUUAGAAUAGAAUUUUGUGAGAGUAAGGACUGUUGUGAUAAAGGUACAAGAGAUCAUUAUUCUAAAAUACAAGGAAAGGACACGGGGCACCAUUUCCCAAAACGCACUACAAUCAUUCAUAAAAGCUUAGUAUUGUACCGACUCAUGUUUCCGCUAAAUAACUGGCAGACCACUCCUAUUUCCUCUGCAUGCACACCACCUCUCUGUUUAAAAUCGGUUGCUGCUGGCAUUCAUUAAUGUAUUCGUAUGUUUUUUAUUUAUUUUUUAUUUGCUGCUAAAAUUGAACUUAUCCAUUUGAUCAAAAACAAUGUAAAUAUCGCUGUAUAACAACAGCUUUUUUUCUUUUGUAAGGAGUUUGUACACACAGUAGAUGGAUGACUGUACGUUUUGGUACCGCUAUUCCUUCAUGGUUAUCGACAACCUUUUUCUUCACUUGUUUCUUUAAAAAAUGUCUCUGUUUUAGUUGUGCUUGUAAUACAUAAUUUUAAAAAUGUUUUUGCAAACUGGAAAUAUUUUAAAAGCAUUUUUAAAGGAAUAAUUUAAUGCAUUAGUUAGCUAAUCGGACUUAUUUUCACAAGGAACUGACAGUUCGUUUUACUGAAAUUUUCGAAUUUGCCUGUCUGGGUAUCACGCUUCUUUUGAAGUCCUUCUAAAGCAGUUUGGAAAUGAAGUUAACGUUCACAUUACUAAAAAAAAAGAGGAAAUACGGAGAUUUUUGAAAUAAAAUACACACAAAUAACAUUUAUAAAGUGAUGUCACCCAGGAAAAAAUCCCUCGCUUUUUGAAACAGAUUAUCCAAUGGAUUUUAGUUGUUUAUUGUAGAUUCAUUUACAUUUCUGUUCUUUGACGCGACUAUGUAAAGCAAAUUACAAAUUUAUUAAUUUGGUAUAUAUUUCACAAAAGUAAUUCAGAUUAUCUUGUGUUCUUCUGUGCACGUAUCUUUCUCUUUUUUGGGAGGAGGGGUGGAGUACCAGUAUCCAAGGACUUCAACAAGCUGAGCCCUUAACCACUACAUCAGCGAUUAAUUAAGAAAUAGAAAAAAAUGGGUGGGUGCUGUAAGGUAGACCUGUCUACUUUAUAGGGCGCGCCUUGUUUUGUGGCCUUUGUUAAAAUCGCUGUAACUCCUGAUUGGAUGAGUGGUUAGUAAAGUGUAAUUUGAUUGGUGUGGGGUUGCUGUACGGUAUGAUACGUGAGACUCCCGGAGGUCCUUUGUCGCACUGAGGAUGUCUAGAACAGUCCUCUCCUUAAAGAUAUCCAAUUAUUGCACAGGUUAGGAGCAUUUACCUUAUCAAACCCUAACUUAGCUGACUCAGCUGGGGCAUCAAAUGCGUGAAAUGGCUGGGCAGACUUCUAGAGAGGACAUGCAGAGUUUACAGAAAUGACCUGCAGUCAUUACAGCCAUUCAAAAUACAGUCUAUUGGGGCGGGAGUUAAAUUCCUCUUCGUGUGAAUCAAACCGUGACAGCCGCCAAAAACGCCAGUUGUAGAUAGACUCGUUUCCAGUUUCUAUAGCGUACACCUGAUGUUUUUGCUGUGCCAUUGAAACGCUGGACAGACUGGGGGGGAGGGGGGGCACAGUGCUACUUGGUCUGGGAUGUUUUCCAAAGAUUUUCCAAAGUUUUUUCCCCUCUUAAUCUCAGCUGCAGUGGCUCUUUAAAAAGCGUUUAAUGUGACAAUCGAGGAUUGCAAACCUUCCCAUUUUUGAUGUAGUGGGCUGUACUAUUUGGUACGUUUUAAAUGUAUAAUUUCUGGUCAAUUCAUAGACAUGUACGCAAACAUUCUGAUUUAUGGUACAAUUUUAUAUAUUUUACGAAGGUUCUGUAAAUUUGCUGCCCUGAUGACAGUGUUUGUUCUGUACACACCUCCUCACCCCUAGACGUCCCAGUUUCUUACUCGCUCUCCUUAACAGCUCUGAAACAUGCUUACUGUGCCACUGCUAUACCUUGCCUUCGUUGAACUGCGGGUUUUCCCCAUUUAUCACGAUGUGCACAGUUUUCAGGACAUCUGCGGACACUGACAAUGACAGAGUGCUGGUCACUGAGGUAGAGUAAAUACCAUUCAUGACAAAUGUCUAGGGGCACCUUGCACCAAUGCAUUAUUUGCCUGUAUGCUGUUUUCUAUAAAAUGCUGAGUAAUUGUCUUAAAAGUCUUGCUCCUUGACCCUGCUUUCCCACCGCAGUAUUAUUUUAGUAUAGUUACUAGGCAGGCUGUUGAGGACAUUACCGCACCAGUUUAAUGCGGCAAUAGUUUUCAUGAGACAAAACUUAAAAAAAAAAAAAACGUCCCGCAAUAUCUAUGGAGACGAAAACGCCGAAGAAACAUCAGUUCGUUGCCGCCUCCUUGUCUACUAAAUCUCCCGUAAUAAGUAAUAACGUAAUUUUAUCAAUAAGUGGCAUGCGUGAGCCAUCAAAGCGUAUAAGUUGUUGUCGUACUGUUUUUGCUUUUUUCUAAAAUAAUACUUUCUCGAAGCUGCAUUGUGGAGCCGCGUGCUCCCGCCCAAUAAGCAUCUCGCUGUCAGUCUCAGUUUUUCACUUUGAAAGUGGAUCGUUUCUAAAGAAAACAAAAACUGCGCAGUUCACUAACGCUAAUGUAUAAGUCAAAAACCUGACUACAGUCAUAAUGAUGCAUAUAAAACUCAAAUUUACUGUAUGUAAUUAUUUUCUAAAUGGUUUAAUCCGCCAUGCAUGUUCAUUUGCCGUCUCCGAGCCUGCAAAGGCAGCGUAUCACUUAGGCGGGUCUAAUUAUGUAACGAUUUUGAAAAUUAUUCUACCUGACUGUGACAUGCAUAUUAAUGGCUCCUUUCACAUUUUUCAGGUUCUGUUUGCAUUACGUUUGUGCACAUCGCUGCUUGCGCAGUUAACACGAUCCAACUUUGCAUGACAAAAAAGGAAAACAGCCAGUAAUGUGGGAGCACCGUUGUAAGAUUCUGAUGUGACAGAGAUAGGGGCGUAGCCAAAAAUCUGGGACCCCAAACAAAAAUCUUGUUUUAUGAUGGGCUUUUAAAUAAAACAGACGACCAUGGGUUCAAUAUUGCCUUUACUGACCACUGGGGUUCUUCCAUUAACACGUUUUACCGGGACUCAUUUCAAUACCACAAUGCCCUUCUCGACACGCGGAUUAAUCUAGUUAUUGUAAUAUCAUGACAAUGCUUAGGUCCCUGAUACGGGUCCCCCACAGUCAAUCAAACGGCCAAGGUGAAUCCGUGCUCCUCGAACACCCCAAAAUGGACGAUACCAUAGCAAAUGUUACAGUGCCACGGUCGUCUGAAUAAUAUCAAUGGUAUUAUGUGGGUAUUAUGUGUCCAUCUUUGGGACAUUGAAAUCGUUUGAGCUCCUUGCAGGAUUGUCAGAUAUAAGUCACAGGUCUGUCUGUGCUGCUAUGCUCUUCAUUGUCAUUAAAUCACUUCUGCAUGUAACAAGUUGCAGAGUGGAGGUCAGUGUCAGUUAAUAUCUGCCACAUUCAAUUUUAAAUUUUGGGCUAUGAAAGUGAUAAAUAUUUCUACAAGGCACCCUGUGGCACUGUAAACUGAAGAGUGGGUGGUGAUUUAAGGGACAGUGAGGUUGGUUGUCACACGUUUUAUUCGCGCCCUCGACAGCUUAAGCUCCAUUUAUUGUAUAACUAACGACACUAAUUGUUUCUCUGUCUUUCGAUUUGUGGAACAUCAGUCGAAUGGAAGAGAGCUGGGUGUCGGUGUGUUUAUUAGUGCCUGCAGACGCUUCCGUCACCUAGAGCCCCCACCCGGCUGUCUCACUCUCUGUCUGUCUUCCUAAGCAAGUGCCUCUGCAUGGAAAGCAGGUUGAAUUGACUUCGUCGUGAUGAGAGGGCAGGAGCCCCCGACAGCAGAUUUUGGAGCCCCAAAAAGUCACCGUGCCCCCAGAAUCUGUCAGGACAUCCAUAGGGUUUGAACCCUGCCCACUCCAUGGAUCUCCAUCUUCCCCUGGGUUUCCUCUGGAUACCCUAAUUUCCUCCAACCAAGAUUUCCUGAUAGGUGAAUCGAUGCCCAUCUUAUGCAAGAAUGUGCAUAUAUAUGCCGUGUGAUGGAGCGGCGUCACCUC